AUGUUAGAGGGGAUAUGCAGAUAUCGCGCCCAGCUUGAAUCCGUCACGUUCCUGUGGGUACCGAGCCACGCGGGGUGCGCUAGCAACGCCUACGCCGACGCCGCGGCGACGGCAUACAUGGGGGCCAGCGAGAUUGAGGAUGCCACCGCCGUUAUCCGUGAAGCAGUGAGGACACGCCCGUGCCUGUACACGGACCGCCGGAGGACGGCAGACAGAGAGGGGGGGCGGGAGGUACUGGACCGGAGGACCUAUUACGCCACGCGCGGCCACACGAACGAGUGGGUGCGAGGACGGCUCGGCGAGGGACUCACGGCGGGAUCGCACACGGCAGGGGUGACGGGGCCGCUGUGGAGCGAUGUGGUCAGGGGAACGACGAGACACAAAUGGGACAAGCGCCAGCGGAUCAAGGAUCAACACGGCGAGCGCGAGAUUGAAUCGAUGUGGAUGAUCACAACGUGGUGA